CAAUCAUAUAACCAAAACAAACAUAGAGCAAUAUUAAUUACUGAAUUGUUCAAGCAAUAUGGCUCUUUCUCGUGCUCUCAUUCUUGUUGUUCUCAUUGCUUCUAUCUUCUCAACAACCAUGGUUUCCGCAAAGGAUUUCGUAGUUGGAGAUGAAAGUGGUUGGACAACAUGGUUUGAUUACCAAUCUUGGGCCUCAAACAAGGUCUUUCGAGUCGGAGACACACUCACAUUCAAGUAUGUAGCUGGUAAGGACAAUGUGGUGAGAGUGAAUGGAAGUGAUUUCCAAAGUUGCUCAAUUCCUCGUACAUCAAUAGUGCUAAGUAGUGGACAUGACACUAUUGUAUUGACAACCACAGGCAGAAGAUGGUACAUUUCAGGUGUUGCCAAUCACUGCAAAAUUGGACAAAAACUUGUCAUAACUGUGCUACCACAACAAAACUCUUGGUUUCCAUCACCUUCACCAUCACCUUCAUCUGUGCCGGCACCCGAAGCACUACCGCCUUCGGAUUCACCGUGGACCGCUAGUGUUCCCCGUCGGUCCAUGCUGCCAAAGAAGCUAUUUAAUUUAUUUCACAAAAAUUAAUCUAAUAGCUGCUUGAGAUUGGAUUGAUUCAUGUUUGAUGUUUUAUAGAGGGGCUAUUUUUUCUCUAGUUACUAAUAAUGAACCCCUUUUAUUAUCAUUAUUUAUUUUGUUUACGUUGGUGAAUGUAUUAACAUGCAUCUAUUUAUUUAAA